ACAGGCGACCCCAAACAACAUGAUCUGUCCUCAUUCAAGGACUCCAUAACAGGCAGCUGCCUAUGCGGUAGCAUCACAGUCACAAUCAACGACAACCUCUUCCAAACCCGACGUGGCCACCUCUGUCACUGCGUAAAUUGCCGAAAAGCAACUGGCUCCAUAGCAGCUACAAACCUCACCAUCGAAGAAGAAAAAGUUGACAUCAGAGAUAGAGAUGGCACCUUGAAGCUCUAUGAAGAUAAAUCUACCAACAGCGGAGAUCCGAACCAUCGCUGGUUUUGCGAUGUGGAUGGAAACCCAAUCUUGUCAAAACUCGAUGCGACGCCCGGUAUAGUCACCAUCUCGAUGGGCAUGAUGCCGGUAAUUCCCACGCCUGAGCAGGAAGGUUUCUCUGAGCACAAGCAUGCUUGGUUCAAGAGCCCUGACGGUGUCAAGUCGUACAAG